CCGUGACGGCGGCCCCUAUAUGUAUAUACAUAUAUAUUCUGUUCACAGACAGCAACAAAGGCAAUUAACAGUGUUCACCUACGAGGCAGAUUUACUAGAGGGCAUAGAUUGGCAUCAAUUGAGAGGUGGUGGCUAAUCCAAUAUGAACGAGUAUGAUGAAAAUGAGCGCUCCCACUCGGUGUCGGUGGUAAAAAAACGCAACCAGAUGGACGUCGUUGUGCGUAACCUGCGGUUCGAGGUGCCGGGAGCAAAGAAGAAAGAUCCCAAGAAGGUGAUUCUGGGCGGCAUCAACGGCCAUUUCAGAGCAUCCAGGCUGACUGUGAUCAUGGGAUCGUCUGG